AUGGACAAUAAUUACCAAGACAGCAUAUGUCUUGACUUAGAGAAGGCGUUAGCUGAUGAAAGUGUGGCUCCAAUAGACCUACCUUUCUUGUUCCUCAAGGCCAUCACACAAGGUUUCUCUGAUGAUCAACUUAUCGGCGUCGGUGGCUUUGGAUUUGUUUAUAAGGGAGUGCUUCCAAAUGGGAUUAUUGUCGCUGUGAAGAAGCUUCAUGAUAACAAGCUUAUUGAGGUUCAAGAGAAGGAUUUCCUGGACGAGGUUGACUGUCUCAUAGAGCUGGGUAGGUUCUACCAGUACUAUCGACAGGCCAAACAAGCAUGCAAGCCAAUGCGAAUUAUUGCAUCCAUGGCGCCAGAGCUACGUCCUUGUUGGUCAAGCGAGAGUGCGCUGCUGGAUGUCCACCCUCUCGAGCUCUGCUUUCCCUUCGAGGCCAAAAAGGUUACACAUUGCUCACUGAACUUAGUUAACAGGACACAUCAAUAUUUUGCCUGUUUUAUCAGACAGCAGUUCCAAGAUAUGUAUGCUAUCGACCAGCGCAUCUCCUAUUUGCGCCCAAUGUCCACUGUUGUUUUAACUGUAAAGAUGGUAAGGCAAGAGACACCGCCAUUAGAUGCGGGCAUGUUUGAGAUACUGAUGAUCUCCAUGGAGAGCAAGGACCUUCAAAAUCUGGAGUCAUCCAUUGACAAUGAUUCCCAAAAAAAUGAUGAUGAUUUAUUGAAGCGAGUGGAAGAGUUGGAUGGUGAGGUACAUGCUGCCGUGUUGAAGGCUGUCAUCUGCCCACCAAAGGAUCCUGCCCCUAAGGAUAUCUCUAGAUAUGGUAUAUUGUGA